AUGGCUAGCCAAACAGUUCCAGAGGCUUUGACGGCACCGACGCAGACAUUUGACGAUGCACCGCCGUUUCCCGAGGAUGUGCCUACCGCGCCACUCCUCCGGCUCUCCCUGGCCAGAUUGCUUGACCGCGAUACCCAAGAGAUCGACCGCUUCGUCCGAGCCUGCGAAGACCUCGGCUUUUUCUACCUCGACUUGACCGGUCCAGGAGACUCGUUGCUGGCCGAUGCAGACCAGCUGUUCGAGGUGGGCAGCGAGUUAUUUGAACUGCCGCUUGAGGAAAAGAGAAAGUACGACUUUAUGCACAAGAACUCGUACUUCGGCUACAAAGGCUACGGCGCGAAUGUUGUCGACCGAAGUGGGAACCUGGACCGCAAUGAGUUCUACAACGUAUCAAAGGAUGACAUCCUGGGCAUAUCGGACCCAUGGCCUGCUCCUGGAGUGCUCGAUGCGAGGCGUCCGUUGUUGAAGUCAUUCAUCAGCUCAGCCCACGGCAUUGUCACUCUAGUGCUGGAACUGCUCAAUGACCACCUGAAGCUGCCGCCCAAGACGCUACAAGACAUGCAUCGCCUCGAAGGCCACUCUGGCGACCAAGUCCGAUUCAUCAAAGCACCACCGCAGCCCAGGGAUGAUCGAAGAACCGCACUGGGUGAACACACCGAUUUCGGGAGUGUGACGGUCCUGUUCAACCGCUUGGGCGGCUUGCAGGUGCUUCCGCCGGGCCGGGAUGCGCAAUGGUGCUACGUGAAGCCGCUGCCCAACCAUGCCAUCAUCAAUCUGGGCGACGCCAUGGUCAAGUUCACAAACGGCCUUCUGCGAUCCAACAUCCAUCGUGUGGUGGCCCCGCCCGGCCAACAGGCCGAUCGUACCCGAUAUUCGCUCGUCUACUUCAAUCGACCGGAAGACGACGUGCUGCUCAAGAGACUGGAUGCCAGUGACUUGAUUCCGCCGCUGGACGCAGACGAGGUGGAAGAAGAGAUCAAUAGCAAAGAUUGGAUCAUCAGACGUGCUCUGGGCCAUCGCAUCGCGAUUUUCGGCAAGGAGGCCUUUGACUAUGACAGAAUCAAGGGCACCGAAGACAAGAGCCAGCGUGCUUACCUUUGA